AUGGAGGACGACGCGUCUGCGGAGGGGGCGCCGGCCACGGUGGCAACCACCACGCCGGCAGUCCGCGUGCGUCGGCCCAUCCCGGCUUGGCCUCUCGUCUACUACCGCGUACAGCCCGACAACUCGGCGGCCGAGGGCGACGUGCUUUGGCCCAUCUUCCGGUACGAGCGGCGGGGCGAUGACGAGUCCUACCGGGUGCGGCCCUUCAUCUACUCCGGGCACACGCACCUGGGCAGCGGCGACCGGGAGACCGACGUGCUGUGGCCCCUCUUCCACGCCUCGCACACGCACGAUGGUGCCGACGGCGGGCACACGGCUCGAUUCGACAUUCGUCCGUGGCUGUGGAGCCUGGCCCGUCGCUACGGCGCCGCGGGGGACCUGCUGGCCACCGAGGCCUCGGCCCUCUUCUGCCUCGUGCGCUACCGCGCCGACGGCGCGUCGCUCGACUUCGCCAUCCACCCGUGGCUCUUGCGCUACCUGCGCGAGAUCGAAGAAGAAGACGAAGAAAAAGAACCACAGCAGGAAGAAGACGGGGAGGAGCUACCCUACGAGUGGUUCGAGGAUUGCACCGAUGACGACUACGAGCAGUACGAGCAGGUGUAUCGGCAGCUGGCCGAAGCGGCGGCGGUGCCGGAGAAUGACUACUCGAUGAUGAACACAGUCGACGAGGUCGCCGCUGAAGAAGUGGUCGCUUCUUCGGCAGUUGACGGGGCCGCCGCCGCUGAAGAGAUGGUCGCUUCAUCGGCGGUCGACGACCGCGACCACGCAACGACUACGGAAGCGCGGAGGCCGAUGCUGGUCAGCCUCAAGAUACUGGGCGGUCUCGUGGAGUACCUGAAGACCAGCACCCGGCUCCACUUUGCUGUGCGGCCGAAGCUGUUCGGCUACGACCGCGAUGCGGCGACCGGCGAGGGGGGCACGCUCGAGGUCUCCGCGCUGGCGGGCCUGGCCAAGUACAGCGUCGGGCCGUGGGGCGAGGGUCGCGCCGGCGUGACUCGGACCAAGACGCGCCUCGCACCCCUCUUCUUCCGCCAAUCGGCCACCGGCGGUGACAACGCGCAAGGCCUGCCGGAGUACACGGUGGUCUUCCCGCUCUACUUCCAUGUGCGGGGCGAGAACACGUCGCGACUGCACGUGUGGCCGGUGUUCGGCAUGCAGACAUUCGACGGCGCGCGGGUGGUGGAGUAUUCAACGCUUUAUCCCUUCUUCCGGCUCACCACCUUCUCGCACGAAAACGAGCCUGACCAUCAACAGAGCAAGGAGUUUCGGAUCGACCUGUGGCCGCUGGUCCACUAUCAGCAAGGUCCGGGGCGCAAUCUCUCGCACAAGGUCUUUCCCUUCUACGCCUACGCCGCUGCGGUGGAGCCCAGCAGCCCCGCUGGCCUCGGCCAAGCAGCAUACCAUACCCAGGGCCACUUCCUCUUCUACUACUGGGACAGCUCCUACGCGCUGCCGGCUGCGCCCGAGCGCUCAUCGUCAUCUUCUCUCUCCUCCUCCUCCUCCUCGUCAUCAUCGUCUUCUUCAUCGACGCCGUCGCUUGGUUCCGCAUCAGAGGAGGAGCCCUUGCUGCCGACGGCUGGCUCUGCUGACGAGGGCACGCUGCAGCCGACGCCUUCGUUCCGGCAUUCGUGGGGUCUGUUCCCUGUGUGUCAGCGAACGCUGAGCGACAGCACGGAGAGCCUCUACCUCUUCCCGCUCAUCAACAGCGAGUCGUCGUUCCAGUUCUUCGAGGAGGAGGUACUCGAGGAAGUGGAAGAGCUGGUCGAAGUAGACGCCACCGAUAGCGAAAGCGAAGACGAUAGCGAAAACGAAAGCGACAGUGAUAGCGACAGCGACGAUGCUAGCGACAGUGAAUCGGACGAAUCCGAGCACAGCGACGAAGAAACGAGCGCUCGUCCGCGCAAGGGCAAGGGCAAAGGGAAGGCAAAAGAGAGAAGACAAAGAGAGAAGAAGCAAAAGAAAAAGCGAAAGAGGGUGACAACGCGAAAGACUAUGGUCCAGCGCACACGCAGGGUCAAGAAGGAGAUCAAGUCAUCCUUCGUGCCGCUGCUGAUGGCCUACUACACCCGGGACGACAUGGCCCAGCGCUCGGCCCUCUAUUCGCCACUCGUGUGCCGGGCCACCCAAGGCGCCGGCGGCGACGGGUGGCUCCUGCUGCCGCUCUACUACUCGAGGCGCGAGCAGGGCGGCGCGGCGGCCGGCGGCAGCGAGACGCGGGCCGUGCUGCCGGUGUACUACUGGCGGCAGGACAACAACAGCCGCGCGCUGGCCGUGCUCCCCUUCUACGCCGACCGAACCAACUUCAUCACCAACAGUCGCUUCCAGAUGCGCACUCCUGCCUGGUUCAAGUACCACAAUGGCAUGACUGGCGCCGAUCACUGGUGGGGCUUCAUUCCGUUCCCCUUCUACAAGCUCGACUCGAAUAAUCUCUACGCGUUUAUGCUGUUCCCUUUCUACGGCGUCAUACGCGAUCUGACGAACAACUCGAUGCCCGGCACCAUUGUGGAGGCGUUCACGCCCUUCUACUACCGCUUCAACCUCUGUCCCAACGAUCCCAACCUGGCCGCCCGUUCUCGCCUGAACUUCUUCCUGCCCCUAUGCGCGGGCUCGUGGGAGAACAUCACGGACCGGGGACGCUUCGCGUUUCUCCUUCCUCUGCUGACGCGCAAAAAGCAAGAACUGAUGGAUAUGAACGUCGUCUUGAUCCUGCCCCUGCUCAACUGCUGGGUGUCGGUGCAUUCGCCGACGGAGAGGAUCAAGGUGCUGUUCCCCUUUUACGUCAAUUACCGCAACAACACACACCACCGGGUGUUCGUCCUCCCCUGCUUCUACUACUCGCGCGACCUACGCUACAACGAGCGACGCCUCGUGCUCAGCCCCCUCAUCGUCGACGACAACCACAUGGCCAGCCGAGGAUCGCGAACGCAGUGGGUGUUUCCGCUCUACUUCUACUCCUAUCUGGAGUCGGCCGGCCGCACAGUCUUCCUAUGCCCGCUGGCGCUCUACUGGGGCAGCCGCGACACGGGCGCGUCGUUCCUCCUCACGCCGCUCCUUAUGGACUGCUUCCGCCCCACCCACGGCACCCGGCACCAGUGGCUCCUGCCCGUGCUCCUCCUGCCGGUCUACUACCACCGCCACCUUGUGGACCAGGCCACGGGCGCCGUGCACGACACCACCGCCAUCGUACCGUUCUACAUGGGCACCACCCACGUCGCGGCCGAUGGCACCCUCACCUACGCGCGCCACAUGCUCUUCUUCCCGUGUUCCGCCGGGCCUACGCGCCGGUCGAGGGCGCCAUCGCCUACGACGUGCUGUGGCCGCUCGCGCACUACUCCCGCACGCCGACAUCGCGCAACGUGCGCCUGCUGCCGCUGGCCUGGAUCUACGACGACAGCGCCGCGCAGGGGGAGUGGCCGGCAGGUGGCCCGUGCGCGGGUCUUCUUCCCGCUCUUCUACUCGCUCGAGAUGGGCGACGGGCGGAAGCUCACCGCAUUCUUUCCCUUCUGGCUCAAGCACCAAGGCGCCGACGGAGGGUCUGUCACCGUGGGCACGUUCGGGCUUCUGCCUCCAUGGGGCUGCCGGCUGCUGUGGCCGCUCUUCACCUUCGACACGGACGCCGACCGGGGCAGCGUCUACACGCGCUUCCUGCUCUUCCUCCACACGUCGCAGCGAUCUCAGCCCAUCGCCGGUUCGGCGCAGCUGGCUGGUCGCCGGUCCUUCACCUCCCUGCUGCCCUUGUGGUUCCACCAGUCGAACACGGACGCGGACGUAGGGGUCAGGGACUUCAGCCUAUUGGCGCACUACUACCAAGCCACUUCGAAGAAACUGGAGUUGGCUCUGGGCUGGCUGUUGCAUCCCGCGCUUUCCGUGUUUUACUACAAGCGGACCGACGACACGCUCCUGCACCGUCUGCUGGCCGUCUACCACUACACCUGGUCGCGGGCGGGCCUGAGCCGGCUCUCGCUGCUGUGGCUGUUCCACCCGAGCGCGGCGCUCAUCCUGCUGAGCAAGGACCCCGACCACACGCUGGCCUACAUCUUCGCCGUGUUCCACUACAUGCGCGACAAGGCCACGGGCAACUUCCGCCUCUCAUUCCUGUGGGCGCUCCACCCCGCGCUGGCCGUCGCGGCUGUCACCCGCGAGCUCGGGCGCCUCCGCCACCACGCGUUCCCGUUCUAUCACUAUUCCAACGACUCCAACACGAACACGGUUUCGCUCUCGUUCCUGUAUCUGCUCUUCCCGGCGCUGGCGCUGGGCCAGUGGCGUCGAUGCGCCGACACUCUGCGGCACUACCUGAUGCCCCUCUACUUCUACAAGCACGACCGCGCAAGGGCCACCCGCCAGCUCUCGCUUCUGUGGCUCUUGGCCCCGCAGCUCGCCCUGGCCCGCUGGACGGCGUCCAACACCGAAACGCGCGCCCGCGUCACCGGCCUCUGGCACUACGUGCGCAACCAACGGUCUGUGCAGUGGUCUCUGCUGUAUCCGCUGGUGUUCCCUGCGGCGCUCGCGCUCGUUCGCUACACGCGCGAGUCGGGCGGGCCGACCGUGCACUACGCUGCCCCGCUCUACUACUACCGCAACGAGCGCCACCGCCGGCUGUUUGCGCUGUUCUACCUCCUGCACCCCGCGCUUUCCCUCUUCCGCUACAGUCGACGGGAGUUCGGCCUACAUUCUCACCGCAGCGUGGAGGUAGCCCACCGUUUGACGCCGCUCUACAGCUACGCCCGCACGCAGGACCAAUCUGGCCGGACCACCAGGCAGGAAGGCACCGUCUCACACGGGGUGCCCCUGUUGUACAACUAUAGCUCCAGCGCGUUUGACACUCGGCUUAGCUUCCUGUGCGGUCUGUUCUCGCACGUCUCGCAAGCGGGCCACACGAACCACCACCUGUGGCCGUUCUACUCCUACUCCAACAACGCCGCCACCGGCGUGCUGCGGUUCACCGCCGUCUGCGGCCUCUUCCUCUACCUGCGGAGCAAGGCGCAGCUGCUGGUGCGCCUCUGGCCGCUGUUCCGAAGCGAGCGGAAGGAGGCCGACCCGGCGCAGUCGACACCGGCGUCGAGCCAGCUGUCGCUCCUGUGGGCCUUCCACCCGGCCCUCUCCAUCUACCGAUACUUCACCGAUGGCAGCAAGACCUUCAGCCGCAUGUGGCCGUUCUACCACUACGAGGACGAUAAGGCGCAGCAGAAGAAGCGCCUGUGCUUGGCCUACGUCGCGCCCGGCGUGUCGCUUCUUCGCCAUCAGAAGGUGGUGGGCACCAGCGUCGAGAACUGGGUGUGGCCCCUGGUCCGGGCUACUUCUUCAGGACCCCAACAGCCCCGAGUCGUAGACGCUCUCUGGCUCCUCUCCAAGCCCCGGGUGAGUCUAUUGCAGUUCGAGCGCGAUCGCAACAAGCUCGAGCUGUGGCCGCUCUUCUCCUACGCCACCGACCCCGCCUCGCAGGCCAAGCGGCUGCGGCUCCUCCUCACCGUCGUCCAGUACCAGUCCACCGCCACCUCCUACGACCUCAAGGUACUGUGGCGUAUGAUGAGGGUGGCGAGGGAGAGCGACGGCUCGUACUCGGCGUGCGUCAACCCGCUGGUCUACCACGAGCACUCCCCGACGGCCGGCUCGUGGACCGCCUUCCUAGGCGGCCUCGUCGCCCGCGAGGUCACCCCCGCCGGCCAGAGCCGGAUGAGCUACUUCUGGCUCUUCUGA